AUGGAGACUGUUGAGAAGCUCCGCCCACCAUUCGUACCGUGUUUCCGUGUGGUUAGUACACUACGAGCAAUGCGUCUACUAUAUAUACUCCUAGCCGUCGUUUCUGCAGCAGUUGCUCAGCUGCCAAUGACCAACAGUAGCUCUACAACCGGUAACGGAACCACGUCUGGUGGCAGUUCAAUACCCAGAAGUAACAGCACGAUACCCGUGAGCAGUACUGGGAACAGCUCUAUGGGCAGCAGUGCAGGCACGAUGCCUGGCAGCAGCUCACCGAUGAAUGGUAGCAGUUCACUGCCAGGUAGCAAUGUUAUGGCUGGCAACAGUUCAAUGAGCAACGGUAGAGGCGCGAUGCCUGGCAACAGCUCAAUGGCCAGCGGCAAUAGCUCAACCAUGGCAGUCAGGAAUGGUUCCUUACCGAUGAGCGCUGGCAGUGCAACCGCUGGCAACAGCUCCAUGACUAGCGGAGGUAGCGCAAUGACUGGUAAUGGCUCCAUGAGCGGUACUGGCACCGGAAUUGCCGGCAAUGGCUCCAUGAUGGCCGGCACUGGUGCCGGGAUCGCCUGGCAAUGGAUCCAUGAUGGGUGGCACUGGUGCCGGGAUCCCUGGCAAUGGAUCCAUGAU